AUGCUGAUUGAAGAUAUCUUUACAUUCAGGUUUGUAAUAUUAUUCUGCAUAACUUAUUUCUUUUUGCAGUGCCGUGAGAAUAAUGAAAGAUUGUUCAAUCAGAAAACAGUUUCAUAUGUCCCAAUUCUUUAUAUGCUGAAUAGCUACCCUCAUUAUGAACCAAAUUUCUACCAACGUAGACCAGCUAUACUGAUUAAUAGUCCAUAUAUGCCUCACACAUAUUAUGCAAAACCAGCUGUAUAUAUGCCACAUGCCCAGAUUCCUCAGCAGCAAGUCCUGCCAAAUAUUCACUCACCCACCAUGGCACGCCACCCACACCGACAUGCAUCACUUUUUGCCAUUCCUCCAAAGAAAAUUGAGGCUAAAACAACCAUCCCCACCAUCACCACCACUGCUACUAUUGAGCCUACACCAAUUCUUGCCACUGAACCAGUGGUGAACAGCGUAGUCCUUCCGGAAGCUUCCUCAGAGUCCAUCACUUCCUCACAGUACCUCACUUCCUCAGACUCCAUCACCACAAGCACCCCAGAGACUACUGCAGUCCCAGUUACUUCAACCGUGGCAUAA